UCUUCUUUUGGUUUUGCAGGACGGUCUUCAUGGCGCAAAUGGCUGAAAGAGAAAGCCGCUCCAGAUCCAGGAGUGCAGCUUUCACCCAGACAGCAGUUCAGGACACAGAGACACGGGACGCUUCUGGUGGGCUUCCUGGUUAUUUGGCUCCUCUGUCCUCUCUUUUGGCCGAUUCAGUGUCCACAGAUCAGAGGAAGAGGAAGAGGAAGCAGCAAACGGCGUCCACCUCGUCUAGGAGACCUGCCAAACGCUCUCGCAGAGACCAAUAUGCCAAGGGCCCGUUGCUGGGACGAGGCGGAUUCGGCUCUGUGUUUGCUGGGAUCCGCAGGUCUGAUGGACUGCCAGUGGCCAUCAAGUACGUGUCUAAAGAGCCGACGGACACCAGACUGAAAGUUGACGGUCAGGGUCGUCUGCCGCUGGAGGUGGCGUUGAUGACCCGCGUCUCUUCAGCUCCUGUCUGCCCCAGUGUCCUGCAGCUGCUGGACUGGUUUGACCAUCGCAGACGCUACGUCCUGAUCCUGGAGCGUCCGGCUCCUUGCCAAGAUCUCCAGAGUUUCUGUGAGGAGAACGGCUGUCUGGACGAGCCUCUGGCCAAGAAAGUGCUGGUGCAGCUGAUCGCGGCGCUGAAACACUGCGAGAGCCGCCGCGUCCUGCACCGAGACGUCAAGCCAGAGAACCUGCUGAUCUCCACAGACUCACACGACAUCAAGCUGCUGGACUUCGGCUGUGGAGAUCUAAUGAAGGACUCGGCCUACAGAUACUUUGCAGGCACUCCAGCUUUUGCUCCUCCUGAGUGGUUUCGGCAUCAUCGCUAUCAUGCCUCUCCACUGACAGUCUGGUCUAUCGGCGUGACUCUCUACAACAUCCUGUGCGACUGUUUCCCCUUCAGAGGCGCACGGAGGGUCACGUCCAAAAGCAGACUGCACUUCCCGAGAAAGCUGUCGACAGAUGCAGCGAUGACGGUUUACACUGAAGCCACACCUGAACAAUUGCAACAGCAGGGCAUCCUGUAUGAUGUCAUCACUUUUACUGAGGAGUAGAAACACAACACACACAUUAUUUAUUAACAACAUCAACACACACACAGACAGAAAAAUAUUUGAAGCUCAUCUCAGCUCCAAAUGAGUAUCACAAACUGCGCUGAUCAUACGUAACACAGACUUCUUCCAGAAUCAUCAGUCAUUUAUAAGGUGAAUGUACAGUUAGAUCCUCUCAGAAUAUGUUUUAUGCCUUUGUAAAUAUUUAAAGAAAUUUAUCAUUGUGUUCCCACAAUGUUUAGCCUUGUAAAGGAAAAGAAAUAUGAAUAGAGAAUCCUGUAUUUAAGAAGAAAAAUGGACAUGUUGCCGUGUAUGCUGCUUUAAUGACAGUCUGUAUAUAACAGUAUGCUGGAGGAUUAACGUCAUAUUGCUAUGAAACAGUUCCUAGCUGUAGCUAAAAUGCUUAUAAAGAAGGUUUUGGUCGUUUGCUGUUUCAUCUUUAGCUUCUUCAUUUUUACAGAUAUGUCUUUCUUUAAACAUGGCUACAGACAGGAACUUUAAAUGCAAACCAAAUCAAUCAAAACCUCUUUAUCUGAAUCUAACACUGAUUUUCUUGCAUUAGUUUUGCUAUAAUAUUGUACAAUUCUGGUUUUACAAAGCUGUUGUCUGCUGCAUAUGAUGUAAUAAUAUUUAUACUUGUGUACAUAUUGAUUUUUGCCUAUUCAGUGCCUUAUGCAUGUAUUUUUAAGUUGCGUCUGAAAGUUCAGAUCAGUUUUUACCUUUUUGUACAUUCACUAUCAAAUAUUCAUCAACUUUUUAUUUUUAUAAAUGAUGUUCCAUUUUAAAGCUACUAAGACAAAGACAUCUGAACUACACUAUUCAGCUAGGGUCAUCUACAAUUAAUUCAGUCAAAAGUCUUGAUGGUCAGCUGUCCUUUAUUGGUCACAUAACCUGCAUGAUUGUGCAAGCUUUGUUUUCUUUCAAUAAAAUUAGAAGGAUCAGA